AUGUCCCACAGCCCCUCUGCGUCCAUCUCCAACAGCUCAGAAUCCGCCUCGAAAAAACGAAAAGCAUCUGCAAAUUCUGGAAUCAUGGCUCAGUCUUCUACGGCUGACGGUCAAACACCACAGCCAACGUCCCAUAUUCCCAAGCGAGGCGCUCGGGCCUGUACGUCCUGUAGGAAAGGCAAAAACAGGUGUGAAGGAGAGGCUCCUUGUCGUCGUUGCCAAGCAAGCGGUGUACCCUGUAUUUUUGAAAAGCCAGAGAAGAAAAAUGUUCAAGGCAUGACGGGCGCAGGCAUUGAGCGACUUGCGAGGCUCGAAGGUCAAUAUCUGGUAAUGCAAAGCCAGAUGAUCGGCAUGCAGUCAUCUCUAGACCGAAUUCUAUCAGCGGUUCAGCCACAACAUACCAAUGCAGGCAUGGCUCCUCCUCACCCAGGACUCUAUACUGCCCAUAUGGAGGCGCACCGGGACGCUUCCGGUCUGCAAGCCCCGCAGCGCAAUGGUUUUGAGGUAGCUGCUGGCCCUGCUCGAAAUUUCCCCCCACUUCCGGGAUUUGCUCCUCCGCCUCAUAAAUAUGCUAAUUAUGGGAUAGUUCCGAGCACUGCUGCGUCGUCUGAUGACGAAUCUGAGGACACUUUGCCAAGAGCCUCUCUCAAUGCACCCAUCGAGGCACUACAGGGCCUGGCCAAUGCCGCGGCGGAGGCAGCCGCGGCACCUUCCGCUGAAGCACCAAGGGUAAAGAAGCGCAAAAGGGCUGAACCCAUUCCGAGAAAUGCUUUCCCCCACGUUGUCGAGAAGGGAUUGGUCACCGAUUCUGAAGCUCGAGAGCUCUUUAACAUCUUUUUUGCAGGAUGCCAUCUCUUUAUACCGCUUUUCGAUCCGUCAUAUGAUACCUAUGAAAGCUUGAUGGAAAGGUCGCCUUGGACCUUCGAUGCUAUCCUAGCUGUGGCUGGGAAGAUUCGUAGUGGAAACGGUCCUCUCAGCCCAACAUUCUACAAAUGUCUCGAAGAAGCCCAAGGCAUUGCUCGCUCUUCCCUUUUUGGCCCUGUGGUAAGAAAAGAGGCGGUGCAAGGUAUGCUCUUAUUGGCUGCCUGGAGCACCAAUGGGUGGCUUCCAAGUGGGCACGCGAUGCGUAUGGCUCUUGAUUUAGGUCUACAUCGUGCUCUUGAAAAAUUGGUAGAUGAUAGUGGCAAACAGCGAACCGAAGAAGAAGAACGGAAUCUCGUUGUGUCCGCUCGCAUUUGGUUGUGCUUAUAUUGGUUUGACCAUCAGAUGAGCCUAGGCACUGGGCGACCUAUUGUGUUGCGAGACGAAAAUACUAUUCGACACUGCAGAGUGCUGCUUUCGCACCCGAUGGCUUCACCGACGGAUGUUCGAUUGAUUUCUUUGGUUGAACUGAUUGCUCACAAAACGCAGAUAUACGACUUCCUGGCUCCCCUCAACGGCGCAGUAAACAAUAAUGCCUUAUCACUGAUUCGCCGCGCAAAUGAUGCUUUGGAUGAAUGGUGGUCUGGGUGUGAUGAGUUACAUCGUCGUACAAUGGACCAAGAUUCAUUACUCCGUAAAGUUCUGGCGGGAGAAUUACAUUAUGCGAAAUUGUGGUUGGUGUGUGUUGCGCUUCGUGGAGUGGCAUGGGAUAAGAUGCCUUUUGAGCAACGAGAACUUGCCUUUCAAGCAAAGGAUGCGGCUUCUAACUGUCUUUCCAUAUUCCUAAAUUCUGCUGAGUACCGAGCUGCUCUUCGGUAUGCCGUACAUGACAGCCUCGUCACAGCAGCCUUUUCUGGUCUUUUCCUUCUCAAAAUGGCCAACUUGUUUCCUACAGAACUCGACCUGGGUGCUAUUACAGCACAAGUUGAGCAAUUAGCGCAACUUCUUUCUGAUGUCGCCGCUGAAAGAUAUGCAUUGACGUUACGCAUCAUGUUAGCCAACCUUCGUCGCAAAGUCGGCUUACGAAGUGGUAUUAACACGCCAAUACCUACUAUACCCCCACCGCCGUUUGCCGAAAAUAUGGUUGUGUCUCCAACAUUAUUCCAUGACCCAGCCAUGCCUCCGCCAUUCACCAUGGAAGAACUUGGCUUCGCCUGGCCAAAUGAUCGUGGUAUAUUCAGCCCAACAGCUAUACCUUUAUGGUUACAAGAGCAAAGUUUGGCCGACCUAGGUCUUCCGGUCAACGGCUCUGAUGGAAUUUUUUUGCAAAUGGCUGGCAAAAACGGAUGGACGGGCGAUUUUGCGCCAAUGCCAGAAGCAUGGUGA